GCUUUCUACAGCAUUCUGUACACAAAUAUAAAGACACCGGUGCCAAACCGUGAACACCACUUGUGCAACUGCAUUUAAGAGUCUCAUUAGUCACAAUUUGUUUCUUACAUCUCAUCGACGAGCCAUUAUUCACUAAACGAUCCCGAAUAGAGUGAAAAAAAGUGAAGAGCCCACGGUAAACUGUGAACAUCGCAACAGUAGAAGCCACGAGAACCCAUCAAAGCACGGAGCAAGACUCCAAAAGUGAUUUCUCCAAUUUUUCUUUCAAGGUUUUUUUCAUUACUGUUGAAUACAGCAUAACUCAAACGACGUAAUGUCACAGGUAACCAUACUGAAGGACAAAGGGAAUGCCGCACUCCAGGAAAACAAAUACGACGACGCGAUAAAAUAUUACACGGAGGCGAUAGCCCUCGACAAUGACAAUCACGUGUUGUACAGCAACCGUUCAGCGGCGUAUGCCAAAUCGGGUCAGUACGACAAGGCCCUGGAGGACGCAGAGCGUACAGUGUCCCUGAAGAGUGACUGGGCAAAAGGCUAUUCGCGAAAAGGGAGUGCCCUGGCAUACCUGGGUCGCCUGAAAGAGUCGAGAAAAGCAUACGAAACAGGUCUACAACUGGACCCCAAUAAUGCCCAGUUAAAAGAGAGCCUGAGCGAGGUGAUAUCGCAGGAAUCGUCUUCUUCAAGUCUCCCUAAUCCUUUCAACAGUCCAGAUCUCCUCCUAAAACUUCGAAAUGAUCCGCGAACGAGGGACUACCUGGAUGAUCCAGAAUACAUGAAACUCCUGCAGGAGUUACGAAGUAAUCCACUAUCAAUGGGAACUAAACUCCAGGAACCAAAAAUUCUAACAACCCUGAGUGUUCUCUUGGGUUUUAACAUGAUGGACGUAGACGGUGAUUCAAUGGGCUCCUCCAUGGACGUAGAUCCCCCCAAGCGGGACCCACCACCAGAGGAGAAACCCAAACCCAAAGAGGAAGUUGUCACUCUGACACCUGAGAAACAAGAAGCAGUGGCUGAGAAGCAAAAGGGAAACGACAGCUACAAGAAGAAGGACUUCGAAGCCGCUUUAACUCACUACAGCAAAGCUGUUGAGCUCGAUCCAACUGAUAUAACUUAUCUUUUGAACAUUGCUGCUGUUUAUUUCGAGCAGAAGGAGUACACCAAGUGCAUCGAACAGUGUGAUAAAGCAAUUGAAGUUGGCAGGGAGAACAGGGCUGACUUCAAACUCAUUGCCAAGGCCUUUACCAGAAUUGGUAAUGCCCACAAGAAGAUGGGCAACUUGAAACAAGCCAAGACUUUCUAUGAGAAGUCAAUGUCCGAGCACAGAACACCCGAUAUCAAGACACUGCUUUCAGACAUUGAGCAGAAGAUCAAGGAGGAGGAGAAGAAGGCGUAUAUCGAUCCUGCCAAGGCUGAAGAGGAGAAGGAGUUGGGGAAUCAGAAGUUCAAGGAUGGUGAUUAUGCAUCCGCCGUUAAACACUACUCUGAGGCCAUUGCGAGAAAUCCAGAUGAUGCGAAGUACUACAGCAACAGGGCUGCUUGCUACACGAAGCUUGGGGCAUUUGAUCUGGGAUUGAAGGAUUGUGAGAAAUGUGUGGAGUUGGAUCCUAAGUUUGUCAAGGGGUGGGUCAGGAAAGGAAAGAUUCUGCAAGGAAUGCAACAGCACACGAAGGCACUCAAAGCGUAUCAAACUGCUCUGGGACUCGAUCCUAAUAAUGCUGAGGCCAACGAGGGAUAUCGCAGCUGCUCGGUUUAUUAUGAUUCCAAUCCUGAGGAGGUCAGGAAAAGGGCUAUGGCCGAUCCUGAAGUGCAGAGCAUUCUCAGGGAUCCCGCCAUGAGACUCAUCUUGGAACAAAUGCAGAAUGAUCCUAAGGCUUUACAAGAUCACCUGAAAAACCCAGCGAUCGCUGAGAAACUUCAAAAACUCCUGGAGUCAGGGCUUGUUGCCAUCCACUGAUAACUCCUCAGAACGAUAAUCUUCCGAAGGAACUUUAGAACAUAACAACGGUCCAUAAUCAUCUCAAUUGUUUACACAUUGGAAAUAAGAGGGGUGUCCUAUGGGACAAUUCAAAUCAAGUCAGCUUUGUUGGGACAUGUCCAAUAAUGCAUACUGCACAUUCAUUAAGGUUUAUUUUAUCUCCUGUAACUGCUUGUCAUUCAAAUAAACAAGUAUAACAGUG